AUGUAUCUGUCUAGUUUAGGAGGAAACUUGGCGAUGUUUGGGAAAGAGCAUACUUUGAGCAAGUUCUUCCUGGACACAGAAUUCUGCCUGAACAGAGAUAGUUGCAAGAAAGACGAUGACAUUGAAGAGGGGGAUCUUCCUGAACACAAGAGGCCUCCAGCACCAAUAGAUUUCUCAAAAAUUGAUCCAGGCAAGCCUGAAAGUAUCCUGAAGCUGACGAAAAAGGGGAAGACUUUGAUGAUGUUUGUCACGGUGUCGGGAAAUCCCACAGAAAAGGAGACAGAAGAAAUUACUAGCUUGUGGCAGGGCAGUCUCUUCAAUGCAAACUAUGAUGUGCAAAGGUUUAUUGUCGGCUCAAACCGUGCCAUCUUUAUGCUACGUGAUGGCGGUUAUGCCUGGGAGAUCAAAGACUUUCUGAUAAAUCAGGAAAGGUGUGCGGAUGUUACUCUGGAAGGUCAGGUUUAUCCUGGCAAAGGAGCAGAAGAAAGUGAGAAAGUGAAAAACAAAACCAAACCUGAAAAAGCAAAGAAGAAAAAAGACGGAGACAAGAAACCUAAUAGCAUCAAAGAGGACAACCGCAACCAAACAGAGAGAGGAUCUAUGACAGAUACGUUAACCAGACUGAAUGCUGCUCUGCUGUUCCUUGAAGGGAAACUAAAUUUCCAUAGAAUUCCUGGCUUUAUUGGGGGGGAAAGAAGGAAGCAGAGAUUACUGAGGUUGAAAGACUUCUAUGCUGAAAUUCACCAGUUUACUUAUUAAUGUUGGCCAUUUGUUUAGUUACAGGAAAGGUAAUGUGUAAUACCAGCAGUUGACUACUUUAGUUUGUAAUUUUUUACGCUUUUGUUGUUGUUUAAAAUUAACAUACAAAUCUGUGUGUCUAACAUCACAAAUCUAAAUUAAGUGGAAAAGAAGAAAUACAGUCUCAGAAUACACCGAUGUUCAUCUGUAGAAGCCGCAUCCAUCUUGGGUAUGCAAGUUGGUCAUCGAUUCAUAGCUGCUGUUAGGUGGCAGAGUACAGUGCUAGAAGAUUCUCUUGGAAGCCAGUUUGCUAGACUCAGUUGGCAAAGCUUCCUAAAAUUGCAAAGAAUAGUGUUACAGUGGCCAAAGAUGCCUGAAAUCGCAGGGUUUAGGACAUGUCUGGUUAGACUGCCUGUUUCUUUAAAAUAAGCAAAACCCCUUCUGUCUGUCCCCAGAAGUCCACGGAAGUGCUGAGAAGCAUGGUAGAAGCUAGGCAGAUACUUGGCUAAUGCACUCCAAAUCGGUGCGGAAAGGAGAUUCUGUACCCGUCAGAAGCGGUGCUGGGAUGUCAGUGGACUUACGGUACCCACACGAGCGGUGUCGGGGUGAAAGGGAAAGUCAGAUUCAUGGCGUUCAGGUUGCUGCUGCUGCCAAAGAACUGUGCCUCCGGAAGCAAAUGUUAUGUAUGCCCCAUUAGCUAGACAGUGAGCUACAACAAAUAGCUUUAGCUCUGAAAUUAAUUUCUCCUACUGGUUUAAGGGUUUGUUUAAAUCUUUGAAAAAGCACUAGUUACAGUACAGAGUUAACCUUUUGAGUUAGACAUAUCACUUACUGAUGUUUAAUAACCAGAUAACUUUUUUUUGGGGGGGGGUAUGGAUUCCUGAGUGACAUGGUCGAUUGUAAAUGAACAUUUGAUUUAAAUACUAUGAAGUUUGAUGUAUGGGAGCAAAUUCAAUUUCUCCUUAAAAGACUUUGUAUAAUUAGGAAGGUUUUCUUAGAUUGUGUUCAGUCAAAUGCAUCACUGAAUUGUUUCCCUUCUGCCUUACUAUGUGUUAAGGACUAAAUGCACCUAGUACGUAUGGUCCACGUCAUUUUCCAGAGGAUGAGCACAGUAUUAACUGUCUUCAUUCGAUACUACUGAGAUGUUACUUUGACCCUUUAUUUAAGGUGCUAAAAUCCAAGUGUUUUGGAUAAAAGGUCCUAACUGAACCAUAAUGGUUGAUCUUGUGGAAUACUUCAGUAUCAAAAGUGGGAGACUGUGACUUACUGAGUGCUUGUCGUAAAAUAAAAGAUGUCACUAAACUUACUGUUUCACUGAGUAGUAAAACCUUGUAAAUAAUUACGCAUUAGUUAGCUAUUCGGGAGACAGACUAACUUGUCUUUGGUUUCUGUGCAUAAGGACUAAAUGAUGUUGGUGAAGGUUCCGGGUGAUCAUUUUUAUUUAAUUUUAAUUAUAUUUGCAUGAAUUUAGGGUUAAAGAAGUCUUUCCUGCCACACUUCAUUAAACAGGUCUUUGCCUGUUUGAGUGGAAAAAUGAAGAGAAUCAUGUAUUUCUUCAGGUUAAACUAUCACUUUUAUAUUCUACUAUUAAUCCAAAUGUGUAGCGGGGUUGAGAAGAGUCUCUGUAGAUACUUGGAUAUUGCAUUGAAUUGGGGAGAGAUGCGCAGUCCAUUUCUUGUUCAUAACUCAUUUAUCAUUUUGUCAAGUGUUCUGGGUUUGCACCUCCCCCCCCCUUUUUUUUUUAAAAAGAAUAUUGCUUCUCAUGAGAUGAACGGAGGUCAGCUGAAACUAUAACUAUGAAAUACUAAUGACUUUUCUUUUUACAACUUUAUGGUAUAGAGAUGACAAGUCAGAUUAUGAUCAGAGAUGUGUGGAAAUGCAGUUUCUGUCAUUUUCCUAAUGUUAUGAAACAUAAACAUGAUUUCAUUUUUGGUCAAACUGGGUUCUUCCUGAGCUCAAUAAUUAAGCAAUGCAAAACAGUAUACAAAUGAUACAAAAGCAAAUGAGCCAAGGAGGAGAAACAAUUACUACACUAUAGCUGUAGCCCAACUUUUGAGAACAGAUACUUGUUUUAGUCAUUCAUAAAUCUACAUUUACAGUAGACUGGGUCUUUUCCCUUUAUAGUUAAAAGGAGUGUGCCACAGAGCUUAUUUAAAUUUUAAAGGGUUUGGGGUUUUUUUUAGGUUUUUAAUCAGAGUAAUGACUUGAGAGUUGCUUUUUGAUAUAAAAUAUGAAAUACUGCCUUGAAGUAGCUUUUUUGUCUUCCAUUUUUCUUCUCCCUUUUUCAUGCUUUACACUCAACAAAUAAUUAAAUGUGCUAGUAAGUACAGCGUGGCAGUCUGGCAGGAGCUUCUUCACCAGCCAGUCUUUCUCUGGUAUCGCAGUUCAUAACUCUACUCCAACACAACUUAACGUUCCCUGUUAGAACUGGUAGGUCCUUGAGACCCUAGCACUUGUCCUGGUGCAGUGUUACGUAAGCAGAUGUUAUUCUGUAAUGAUUUAAGAGGCCCGAAUACAAUAUCACUUACAUAUAAAAAAAUAAAUACCUUCAGAAAGUUACUUAAGGCCAUUAAUGCUCUAUAAGACACCCAGCAGACGUUGGAUUCUGCUUCAUAGGUGGUUUUCAUUUGAGUCUCGUCAGACUUCCAAUAACAGAUUUUUGGCUUUGCAUACGGGCAGUUCAGAUACAGCCUUUAAAACUGAUUUCAACAAGUAGGGCGGUGAUUAUAGCUGCUCUUAUUUCCUUAUUUUUUCAGUACUACACAGAGGUGCGUGGAAAAACAUCUGCUUUCAUGACAGCUAAAUGGCUGCUGCCUUUCUCCACUCAGCUUGGUGGUUUUCCCUGUUCUAGUGCCACAACUAAGUUUUCUAAGUUACUGUAUUUUUAACCCAGCUGUCCUCUCAGAAAAAGCAGGUUGUCAGUGACGCUACACAAGAUGUGGUUGCACUUGGUGAAAAAUUUCCAGUGGACAAUCAACUCUUUAUGUAAUAAAAUACCGGAAUGAGUAUCUUGAUUUUUUUGGUUUGUUUGUUUCGGAGAUGAAGCUAAUGUAUACUGUGUGCCUUAUCUGUUUUACUGGAGAAAAAAAAAAUAAAUAAAAAUUCACAUUCCUAC